CAUUAUAUAUAAUUAGUUUAUAUUCACUAAAUAAUAAAUAAUUUCAACUGUUAUUUAUUAAUAAAUCUAAUAAAAAAAAUAAAUAAAUCAAUAAUUAAUAUUAUUAUUUUUAUUAAAUAAAAUAAAUAGUUUUAGACUUUUUUAAUAUAGAUAAUAGUUAUAACUAUAAGUAAUAAUUUUAUUAUUGUGGACAUAUUUUCCCAAGUAUAUAGGUUUAUAUUUGAAUAAACGUUUAAAUAUAAUUACAAAUAGUAAUAAUAAAUAGUAGUAAUAGCUUAAAAAAAAAAAAACAUAGUGAUACAACAAUUUUUUUUUUUUUAUUCAUAAAAAAAAGAAAUCAAAAAAAAAUUAAAUUAUAAAAUGUCGGUACAACAAAAAACAUUUUCUGAGGAUUUAUGGGAUAAAUUCGAAUCAGUCACAAAAAAAGUUGAUAAUGGAAAAUUAUUUACACAAACACUCAGUAAAUUUUUAGCAAAACAACAUCAAAUUGAAUCAUCUUAUGCAAAGAGUAUGAUUAAGCUAUGUAAAGAUAAAUCAUAUGCACCAGAUAUGGAAAUGGGUACAUUAAGAGAUGGAUUUCAAAGUUAUCGUGAACAAUUAGAGUUAAUUGGAGCACUUCAUGAAGAAUUUUCAAAUAGAUUAGAAAAGUUAGUAACUGGACAAAUUGAUGUUUAUUUAGAAGAGAGCAGAAAACAAAGAAAGGCCUUAAUUGCAAAUGGUGAAAAGUGCACAAAGGAUUUAAAAACAGCAGAGUCAAAUGAAACAAAAGCUAAGCAAAACUAUGAAAAAUUAAAAAGAAAACAAGAAGAGUCACACGAAGAUCUUUCAAAACAACCACCAGGGGCUAAAGAGCAAAAGGCAAGAAAGAAUUUAGAGUCUGCUACCAAAGCCGCAGAUAAAGCAGAUAAUGAAUAUCGUGAAAGUGUAAGACAGCUCCAACAAAACCAAAAUAGAUUCUAUCAUGAAGAGAUGCCAAGAAUUUUAGAUGAUCUCCAACGUUUUGAGGUCGAAAGAAUCGAUAAAACUAAGGAUUGGUUACUUGAAAUUUGUACUCAAGCAGAAGUUAUUCCACCAGAAGUCAUCGAUAAAAACCAAAAAAUAAGAAGAGGUAUCGAAAAUAUUGACAGAGAAAAAGAUCUUCACGAUUAUAUAGUUGCUACUUGGAGUGGUGCACAAAGACCACAAGAGGCUCAGUAUGAACCAUAUCAAUCCUCAGUUCUAUCACCUUCAUUUAAUAUAUCAUCACCUGCAGGCGCUCGUAAAUCUGGUGAUUCAUCCUUGGGCAGCAGCACAGGUUUUUCUAAUAGCUCAAGUAAUGGUAAUCUUGCAGCAACUGCCAAUGGCUAUCAAAACAUUGAUCAACAACAUCCACCAACCCCACAUAUCACAAAUCCACCAGCUAUUAUUCAUUCAUCGGCAAAUACUACACCAAACGCUAUGACAACUCCACCACAACCAGUACCAAUUUAUCAACAACCACCAUCACAACCAGCACCACCAAUUGUAUCAUUAAGUAAGAAUGUUAAUAGUAAUAGUAUUAAUAAUCACAAUGGCAAUAAUAAUGAAAAUGAGGAUUCAGUUAGAGCUCUUUAUGAUUAUAAUGCAACAGAAGAAAAUGAAAUUACAUUUAAAGCAAACGAUUUAAUCAAGGUUGUAUUAAAAGAUGAAAGUGGUUGGUGGCAAGGCUCAGUUGUUGGUGACCCAACAGGAAGAGUAGGCUCAUUCCCAUCUAAUUUUAUUAAAUCUGACGCUCCAAAUCAAAAGAAGGUUGAUGUCACAGGUUCAAAAUGUAAAGUUUUAUAUGAUUACCAUCCAGAUUGCGAAGGAGAGUUGGAUAUUCAAGAGGGAGAAAUUUUAACUAUAGAAUAUGAAGAUGAAGGUUGGUAUUUUGGUUCAAAUAGUAAAGGUGUAGCAGGAAAAUACCCAAGUAAUUAUGUUCAAUGUUUAGACGGUUAAAUAAAAUAAUCAAUCAUGUACUAUUUAAAAGUUAAUUAAAAUAUCUUUAUUUUUUUUAAAAUAUUUCCAUAAAAGUAUUUCAUAAAUUAUUUUUUUAUUUUUAAACC